AUGCCUCCUCUAAGCGUGAGUGCCACCGUGGUGACUUUUGAGUCGACUCAAAAGUCACCUCCUCUAAGCGUGAGUGCCACCGUGAGUGCAUGGGUGCAUGGGUAUCUACUCAUCUUUCGUAUGCCAAGCGGUGGUGCUGUGACCCAUGCACCCAUGCACUUGCGGCGGCUCGUGAGUCGACUGAGCAGUCACUCACAAGACGCCUCCAUCUAUCAUGCCACGUGGCGCCAAUCUCUUGUGACCCGUGCACCCAUGCUCUCACGGUCACUCUCGAUUCGACAUGUCACAUCAAGCCGCCUCCACCUCCACUUAUCAUGCCAUGUGACGCUCUUCUGCCUCCUCUCACCCCUCUCCCGCCUCCUCCAGCCGAGUGCCUCCGCUAUUGUGACAGCAACGGCUCCUGCGCGUUGGUGCCUCCGCUAUUGUGCCAGCAACGGCACCUGUGCGCUCGGCCCCUUUGGCUACAUUGUGUGCACGUGCGAUGCUGGUUACCACAUGAUCAACGCCCAGCCUCCUUGCCUCCUGCCUGCUGGUUCGGACGGAGGCUCGGCAUCUCCCUCACCGCCCAUUUCCUCCUCUCCUACCACCAACGCCUCGCAGCCUCCCACCACCUCCCUAUCUCCCUCCUCCUCCUCUCCCUCCUCCUCCUCCCCCUCCUCCUCCUCCUCACCCGCCUCGUCCUCUGCAUCUCCGGGGUUGAUUAUCGGCAUAGUGGUUGCUGUGCUGCUGCUGCUGGUAGCUGCGGGAUUGAUCCUUCUCCUCUGGCUUAGGCUCAGGAGGAGACGCAUAGUAGGGCUGGAGGCGGGGAAAGGUGGCAAGGCGGCUCAUUCGACUGUCCAUGGGGCAGGAGAAGGUAAGGCUGGUGUUGACUUUUCACCUCAAGUGUGCCAGCGAUUCUCCCUUGCGGACAUCACCCAGGCCACCAACAACUGGGCCGACAGCAACCGCAUUGGCAGCGGCAGCUAUGGAGACGUGUACAGAGGCGUGUGUCCCUAUGAUUCCUCUGUGCUGUGGGCUGUGAAGCGAGCUCGAAUUCUCACCAAGGACUUCCAACGAGAGGUGGCAGCAAUGGCAACGAAGCAUCACCCCAACCUCGUCCGUUUGCUCGGCUACUGCAUCGAAAUGAACCCACCAGCACCGCACUCCACCCAGGGCGAUCUGAGCAUGGAGCAAAUCGUAGUCUACGAGUUGAUGGCUCACGGGGACUUGGACCGGUGGGUGGGGGAGGGGGCGGCACAGCCGCUGGCGGUGGCGCAGCGCGUGGCGGUGCUCAUCGGGGCGGCCCACGGGAUCGAGUAUCUGUACAGCUUUGGCAUCGUGCACCGCGACAUCAAGCCCGCCAACAUCCUGCUCGAUCACAAGUUCGAGGCUGAGAUUGCCGACUUUGGGCUGCUGAGGGAGGGCGAGGGCACUGCUGUGGGCUCGACCAGAGUAAUGGGCACACCAGGCUAUGUGGAUCCUGCUUAUGUCAAGUCCAGCAAGGCCACCCCAUCGGCCGAUGUGUACAG